GUAGAUCUAAUCCAUAAAUUGGAAUAUUUAUUAAAAAUAAUUAUUAUGGAUUACGAGAAAGACCCAGGAUGGCAAUAUUUGCGUCGAACACGCGAGCAGAUGAUUCAAGAUCAAUCAAAGCCCUAUGACAGUAAGAAAAAUUGCUGGAUUCCAGAUCCUGAGGAGGGAUAUGUAGCUGCUGAAAUAGUUUCAGCCGGAAAGGAUAAAACAACGGUUAAAUUGGCUAAUGGGACAGAGAAAAGUGUAAAGCCUGAGGAAAUACAGGAAAUGAAUCCUCCAAAAUUCGAAAAAACAGAAGACAUGUCUAAUCUAACAUUUUUAAAUGAUGCCUCUGUUUUGCAUGAUUUGCGAGCUCGUUACAGCUGCAUGCUUAUAUAUACUUAUUCUGGACUCUUCUGUGUUGUAAUUAAUCCGUACAAACGGCUGCCAAUCUACACAGAUUCUGUAGCUCGAAUGUAUAUGGGCAAACGUCGAACUGAAAUGCCUCCACAUUUGUUUGCUGUCUCAGACGAGGCCUAUCGAAACAUGCUUCAGAAUCACGAGAAUCAAUCUAUGCUUAUCACCGGCGAAUCUGGCGCCGGUAAAACUGAAAAUACUAAAAAGGUUAUAGCUUAUUUUGCUUCUGUUGGUGCCUCUCAGGCGCAAAAUGCUGGUGGUGCUACAGGCCCCACUCUAGAGGAUCAAAUAGUUCAAACUAAUCCUGUAUUAGAAGCAUUUGGAAAUGCAAAAACUGUUAGAAAUAAUAAUUCCUCUCGUUUUGGUAAAUUCAUUCGAAUUCACUUCAACAAAUCAGGCAGACUGGCUUCUUGUGACAUCGAACAUUAUUUGUUAGAAAAAUCUAGAGUUAUCAGACAAGCACCAGGCGAACGUUGUUAUCACAUUUUUUAUCAAUUGAUGCUAACUAAGCCAGUAAAGGAUUAUUAUUUUAUUGCUCAAGCUGAAUUGACUAUUGAUGGAGUUAAUGAUCAGGAGGAGCACCAACUUACCCAUGAAGCCUUUCAUGUACUCAACUUUUCAGAUGAUGAGAUUAAACAUGUUUAUCGUCUAGUUGCUGGAAUAGUUCAUAUGGGAAAUAUGAAAUUCAAACAACGACCAAGAGAGGAACAAGCAGAAACUGAUGGCACUGAGGAUGCAGUAAACGCUUCGAAAAUGUAUGGAGUUGAGUCUGAAGAAUUCCUUAAAGCCUUACUGAAACCUCGUGUCAAAGUUGGCACCGAGUGGGUAAAUAAAGGUCAAAACAUGGAACAGGUCGCUUGGUCAGUUGGAGCUAUGUCUAAAGGCCUUUAUACGCGUAUUUUCAACUGGCUAGUUCAAAAGUGUAAUGUAACCUUGGCAAAAGAAGGAACGAAGAAAGACUUUUUUAUCGGCGUAUUGGAUAUUGCUGGCUUCGAAAUCUUUGAUUUUAACAGCUUUGAACAGCUCUGGAUCAACUUUGUGAAUGAAAAACUUCAACAAUUUUUCAACCAUCACAUGUUUGUACUUGAACAAGAAGAAUAUGCUCGUGAGGGCAUUCAGUGGACAUUCAUAGACUUUGGUCUAGAUCUUCAAGCUUGUAUUGAGCUUAUUGAGAAGCCAAUGGGUAUAAUCGCUAUGCUGGAUGAGGAAUGUAUAGUGCCAAAGGCUUCAGAUCAAACACUUGCAGCAAAAUUGGUAGAACAACAUUUGGGCAAACAUCCCAACUUUGAAAAGCCUAAACCCCCAAAAGGGAAACAAGCAGAAGCUCAUUUUGCCAUGAGACACUAUGCUGGAACAGUGCGUUACAAUGUGACAGCCUGGUUAGAAAAAAAUAAGGACCCGUUAAACGAUACAUUGGUUGGAGUGUUGAAAUCUUCUGCUGAUAAUGCUCUACUUGUUAAUCUUUGGGCUGAUUAUACUACACAGGAGGAGGCUGCUGAAAAGUCUAAAAAAGGUGAAAAAGCAAGCAAAAAGAAGGGAAAAGCCGCGUCUUUCCAAACUAUCUCUAUGAUCUACCGAGAGUCAUUAAACAACCUCAUGAGCAUGCUCAACCAAACACAUCCCCAUUUCAUUCGUUGUAUCAUUCCUAAUGAGAAAAAGCAAUGUGGAUUAAUAGAUGCUUCUUUGGUACUUAACCAACUAACAUGCAAUGGAGUAUUAGAAGGAAUCCGUAUCUGUCGUAAAGGAUUUCCAAAUCGUACUUUCCAUCCAGAUUUUGUGCAACGCUAUGCACUUUUGGCAGCCAAUGAAGCACGUGGAAAGGAUCCAAAGGCUUGUGCCGCAGCAAUGCUUGCACGAUUGGUCAAGCAGGGAGACUUAAAUGAGGAUCAGUUUAAAGUUGGAAAGACUAAGGUAUUUUUCCGUGCCGGUGUUGUGGCCCAUGUUGAGGAUCUGCGCGACAAUAGAUUAGCUCAAUUAAUCACUGGGCUACAAGCUCAAUGCCGUUGGUAUACUUCUCUGAUUCAACUUGAGCAACUUCGCAAACAAGCCCUAGCCUAUAGGACUAUUCAAUUUAAUGUUCGCUCAUGGCUUCAGCUUCGUACUUGGGUCUGGUUUCGUCUUUACGGCAAGGUUCGCCCACUCUGUGUAAAAGGUAAAGCACAACAAGCAAUGGAAAAAGUUGAGGAACAACUAAAAAGUGUACAAGAAUCAUUGCAAAAAGAGAAGGAAUUAACCGAGAAGCUGGAAAAAGAAGCUAAACAACUUCUUGAAGAAAAAGAGGAAAUGACUAAAGAGCUUGAAAAGUCUUCAAGUCGAGGCCAGGAAGUUCAGCAACGGUUGAACAAUCUGAGUUCGGCUAAGGAGCAAUUAGAAAAUGAUUCAACACAAGUAAAUUCGCAAUUAGCAUCAGAAGAGAGCAGGGCUAUUGAACUUCAAAAGUUACGUAAGAAAACAGAAGCAGAAUGUGAAUCACUUCGUAAGAAUAUUUCAAAUCUUGAUCUGCGAACAUUAGCUGAUGAGGCUCUCAAACAAGAGGCCACACUUAACAAAUUGGCACGUGAGCGUAAGCAACAGCAGGAACUGGCAGCUAAACUCCAGGCAGAUCUACAAGCAGAAGCUGAGCGCAAUUCUCAGGGAAAGUCGCAUCGACAAAAAUUACAGCAGACUUUGGAAUCAGUAGAAGAGGAGAUGGACCGUGAGAAACGGAACCGUGCUGAAGCUGACAAGGCUCGAAGGAAAAUGGAAGGUGAAGCUCGAAUUGCUAGAGAGAAUCUUGAGGAGAUUGGAAAGCAACGCCAGGAUAUGGAAGCUAGCCUGAAGCGCAAAGAGGCCGAUAUGUUCGCCCUUUCUGUACGAUUCGAGGAGGCACAAUCACAGGCAGCUAAAGUCCAAUCACAAGCUAAAGAGCUGGAUGCUCGUUGUAAAGAAUUAGAAAGUGAGCUGGAAAAUGAACGCCAGGCACGUGCCCGAUCUGAACGAUCAAAGAAUGAUAGCCAAUAUGAAGCAGAUGAGCUGCAAGAACGAUUGGAUCAGCAUACGAUGGCUACACAAGCUCAAUCGGAGGCUAAUAAGAAAAAGGACGCUGAGUUGGCCAAGUUGCGUCGCGAGAUAGACCAGCUAAAGUUAAACUUCGAUUCACAAGCUACCGCAUUAAAGAAGAAAGGAGGAUCUGGUCUAGCCGAGUUACUUGAACAAAUUGAUCAGCUACAACGAAUAAAAAAUCGUUCGGAGAAAGAACGUAGUGCUCUUCAAAGACAACUAGAAACGGGACAAGGCCAGCUUGAUGAUGAUUCUAAACAAAGAAUGGAAAUGGAACGAAGGUCUAAAAACUUUGAAGGUCAACUUUUGGAGUUGCGCCUUAAGACGGAUGAGCAGAGUCGGCAAUUACAGGAGCUUCAAUUUACAAAGGGUCGUUUACAAACUGAAUGCACAGAUUUUGCACGUCAGUUAGAGGAAGCUGAUUCGAAAAUGACAACAGCAUCUCGUCUCAAAUCACAAUAUUUCUCACAAGCGGAAGAACUUAAACGUGCUGCUGGUGAAGAACAACGUGAGAAGCAGGCACUUAGCAUGCAUAUUAAAAAUUUGCAUCAUGAACUAGAACAACUGAGGUGGAAUAAUUUUAUCAUUUUAUCUUGA